GACGCGAUCACGGGGUCCCUCCCCGGCGCCAUCGCGAUGGCCUCCCUCCGUGUCUCGGGCGCCCUCCUGGCGCUCAUCUUCGCCGCGCUCGUCUCGCUCGCCUCCGCGAGCAAGGGCGUCGUGCAGGCGGGCGACGGCAACUUCGAUCGCGUCGUCCUCGGCAGCGGCAAGAACGCGUUCGUCAAGUUCCUCGCGCCGUGGUGAGGCCACUGCAAGUCGAUGAAGCCGGACUGGGACAAGCUGGGAGGACACUACGCCGACCACCCAUCCGUGCUCAUCGUCGACGUGGACUGCACCGCGGACGGACAGGGCACCUGCCAGCGCAUGGGCGUGCAGGGGUACCCCACCAUCAAGUACUUCAUGAGCGGGGACAAGAAAGGGAAGGAUUACAAGCAGGGGCGCGACUUCAGCUCGCUCAAGAGCUUCGCCGAGUCCAAGCUCAACAAGCCGGUGUGCGACGCCGCCACGAAGAAGGGCUGCGCGAAGAACGAGAUCGCGUUCAUCGAGAAGCACGAGGGCAAGAGCGUGGAAGCGCUCAAGGAGAUCGCAAAUCAGAAAGCCGACGAGCUCAAGGAGAUUCGCAAGGCGCGCUCCGAAGCCGAGAGCGAGCUCAAGCGGAAGCAACGCGAGUGGAAGAAGCAGGAGGGCGCCAUCAACAAGGCCACCAACAUCCUCAAGCAGAUGCAGAAGACCGCCGCGUAAUAUGAUAUGAUAGCGCGCGCGCGCGUCGAUCGGAGGAGGAAAGAUGAUCUGAGGGGCUCGUCGUCGCGUCGACGGGCGCCCGCGGUACGACUACUAGAAAUAUUCGCCCGUCGGCUUCAUCGAAGCGCCGGCGUCGCGACGGGAACGGCGUAGGAGACCGAUGUGAACCCCCGCCCAUAAAGUCGAGCAGCCACUCGACCGGGGCGGAGGGCGAUGGAGUCUCGACGAAUGCGCCUCCCGCGCGAUCAGACCGGACGCGGCCGGCGAGCGAACGAGCGAACGAGCGAACGAGCUCGCUUAGAAGACGGACGCGACGACGACGUCAUGUUGUCGUACAGUAAGGAAAAAACGUCUACCAAAA